UGUUGACAUGCAGGUCCCUCUGUUGUCGUUUUUGUAGGUAACUAAACUCAGGAGAAGAAAAGCGUACUGGGCUUCUGACUUGCCAACCGCACUAACAUCUUUGAUUGGCUCCUGUACACUGGGCACAUUACAGGGGUUUUGAGGACUGUAAGUCUCUCUGUACCUGGAUAUCCCCAGCCACAUGUUUAUCCACUGGAAUGACGUCAGCAUACACUGGGGAAGUUAACUAUUAAGUGGUUAGGAUGAAAGUUCAGGAGCCCUGCCUUUAACUGGGACAUGAGAAUGGAAAAAGCCCAUUGCCUCUUACCAUCUGCUUUCCUUGAGGAAAAGGGUAAAGAAGAAACAACACAAUCAUAGGAAAAUCUUCAUUACAGAAGUGCUCUGGACGUCAUUAUGGAGGAGUUCUGCAACUCUACUUUUUGGAAUUCCUCAUUCCUGGACAGAAAAGAUGCAGACCUGCCACUGUGUUUUGAACAAACUGUUCUCGUGUGGAUUCCCUUGGGCUUUCUUUGGCUCCUGGCCCCAUGGCAGCUUUUCAGUGUGUACCGAUCCAGGACUAAGAGGUCGUCUAUAACUAAAUUUUACCUUGCUAAGCAGGUGUUUGUCGUGCUUCUUCUGAUUGUAGCAGUCAUAGACCUGGCUCUUGCACUUACAGAAGAUUCUGGACAAGACACAAUUCCUCCUGUUAAAUAUACUAAUCCAAUCCUCUACAUAUGCACAUGGCUCCUGGUGCUAGUGACCCAGCACAGCAGGCAGCGGUGCAUACAGAAGAACUCUUGGUUCCUGUCCAUAUUCUGGGUUCUCUCAAUCUUCUGCAGCACGUUCCAAUUCCAGACUCUGAUACGAGCUCUCCUGCAGGACAGCAAGUCCAACUUGGCCUAUUCCUGCCUGUUCUUCGUCUCCUAUGGGUUCCAGAUCAUCAUCCUUAUCCUUUCUGCCCUUUCAGAAAAAAGUGACCCAUCACAUAAUACAUCAUCCACGGCUUCAUUUCUGAGUAGCAUUACGUUUAGUUGGUAUGACAGCACUGUUCUGAAAGGUUACAAGCAUCCGUUGACACUAGACGAUAUCUGGGAUAUUGAUGAAGAGCUUAAAACAAAGCCAGUCACAAGCAAGUUUGAAACGUUCAUGGCAAAGGACCUGCAGAAAGCCAAGCAGGCGUUUCAGAGGCGGCGGAAGAAGAAGCCACGGAAGAACCACGAGGCCACACUACACGGUUUGAACAAGAACCAGAGUCAAAGCCAAGAUGUUCUUGUCCUGGAAGAAGCUAAAAAGAAGAAAAAGAAGUCUGGGACCACAAAAGACUUUCCCAAAUCCUGGCUGGUGAAGUCCCUCUUCAAAACCUUCUAUCUGGUGAUCCUGAAGUCCUUUAUAUUGAAAUUAAUACACGAUAUUCUCCUGUUUCUGAGUCCUCAGCUCCUGAAAUUUCUCAUUGCCUUUGUGAGCGAUCCUGAAACAUAUGAGUGGGUUGGAUAUGUCUCUGCGAUCCUGAUAUUUGCUGUGUCUCUCAUCCAAUCUUUCUGCCUUCAGACUUAUUUUCAGUUGUGUUUCGUGUUGGGAAUGAGUGUACGGACAACUGUCAUGGCUUCUGUAUAUAAGAAGGCACUGAGCCUUUCUAACUUGGCCAGGAGGCAGUACACCAUCGGAGAGACGGUGAACUUGAUGUCUGUAGAUGCCCAGAAACUAGUGGAAGUCGUCAACUACAUGCACUUGGUGUGGUCAAGUGCUCUGCAGAUUGCCUUAUCCAUCUUCUUCCUGUGGAGAGAGUUGGGACCUUCAAUCUUAGCAGGUGUUGGGGUUAUGAUUCUGCUAACCCCAAUUAAUGCAGUGCUGGCUACCAAGAACAGGAAGAUCCAGGUCCAAAAUAUGAAGUAUAAAGACAAGCGGUUAAAAAUCAUGAAUGAGAUUCUCAGUGGAAUUAAGAUCCUGAAAUAUUUUGCCUGGGAACCUUCAUUCAGAGACCAAGUCUAUGGCCUUCGGAAGAAAGAACUCAAGAAUUUGCUGAUAUAUGGUCAGCUGCAGACUCUGAUGAUAUUCCUCUUACAAUUAGCGCCAAUCCUGGUGUCUGUGGUCACCUUCUCUGUUUACGUCCUGGUGGACAGCAACAACAUUUUGGAUGCAGAGAAGGCUUUCACCUCUAUCACCCUCUUCAACGUCCUUCGAUUUCCUCUCACCAUGCUCCCCAUGGUGAUCUCUUCAAUACUCCAGGCCAGUGUUUCUAUAGAACGGAUAGAGAAGUACUUGGGAGGAGAUGACUUGGACACAUCUGCCAUUCACCAUGUCUGCAAUUUUGAUAAAGCUGUGCAGUUUUCAGAGGCUUCCUUUACCUGGGACCGGGACACGGACGCAACCAUCCGAGAUGUGAAUCUGGACAUAAAGCCAGGCCAGCUGGUGGCUGUGGUGGGCACUGUAGGCUCUGGGAAAUCAUCUUUGAUAGCAGCCAUGCUGGGAGAAAUGGAACACGUCCAUGGGCACGUCACCAUCAAGGGCACCACUGCCUAUGUCCCUCAGCAGUCCUGGAUUCAGAACGGAACCAUCAAAGACAACAUUCUUUUUGGAUCCGAAUUCAAUGAAAAGAAAUACCAGCAAGUUGUUGAAGCUUGUGCUCUCCUCCCAGACUUGGAAAUGUUGCCUGGAGGAGAUAUGGCUGAGAUUGGAGAAAAGGGUAUAAAUCUCAGUGGCGGUCAGAAGCAGCGAGUCAGCCUGGCCAGAGCUACCUAUCAAGACGCAGACAUCUAUAUUCUAGAUGACCCCCUGUCGGCUGUGGAUGCUCAUGUGGGGAAACACAUUUUCGAUAAGGUCUUAGGCCCCAAUGGCCUGUUGAAUGGCAAGACCCGAAUCUUGGUUACUCAUAGCAUCCACUUCCUUCCGCAAGUGGAUGAGAUUGUGGUUCUGGGGAACGGCACCAUCUUGGAGAAAGGAUCCUAUCAGAAUCUGCUGAGCAAGAAAGGAGUGUUUGCUAAGAACCUGAAGGCAUUCACGAAGCAUUCAGGGCUGGAAGGAGAGGCCACAGUCAAUGAUGACAGUGAGGAAGAUGAUGAUGACUGUGGGCUGAUGCCAACUGUGGAGGAAAUCCCCGAGGACGCAGCUUCCUUGACCAUGAAAAGAGAAAACAGCCUUCGCCGGACACUGAGCCGCAGCUCCAGGUCCAGCGGCAGGCACGUGAAGUCCCUCAAGGACUCCUUGAGAGUGAAGAAUGCCAAUGCCUCGAAGGAGAAGGAAGAAGUAGUGAGAGGACAAAAACUAAUUAAAAAGGAGUUUGUGGAAACCGGGAAGGUGAAGUUCUCUGUCUACCUGAAAUAUCUACAAUCAGUAGGAUGGUGUUCGAUAACCUUUGUCAUCCUUUCCUAUGGAUUGAAUUCUGUUUCUUUUAUUGGAUCUAACCUCUGGCUGAGUGCUUGGACCAGCGACUCUCAAAUCUACAAUAGCACCAACUAUCCACCUUCUCAGAGGGACAUGAGAAUUGGAGUCUUUGGAGCUCUGGGAUUGGCACAAGGUAUCUUUGUGCUUAUUGCAAGUAUCUGGAGUGUAUAUGCUUGCAACCAUUCAUCAAAAACUUUGCACAAUCAACUGCUAACCAACAUCCUUCGAGCACCCAUGAGUUUUUUUGACACAACUCCCACAGGCCGGAUUGUGAACAGAUUUUCUGGUGACGUCUCCACGGUGGAUGACCUCCUCCCCCAGACUCUGCGGAGCUGGCUCAUGUGUCUCUUUGGCAUCAUUAGCACCCUGGUUAUGAUCUGCAUGGCCACUCCCAUCUUCGCCGUCGUCAUCGUUCCUCUUGGCAUCAUCUACGUGUCCGUACAGGUGUUUUACGUGGCUACUUCCCGACAGCUGAGACGGUUGGACUCCGUCACCAGAUCCCCAAUCUACUCUCACUUCAGCGAGACGGUUUCAGGUUUGCCCGUUAUCCGUGCCUUUGAGCACCAGCAGAGGUUUCUAGCGAGCAGCGAGGAGCUGAUCAACGUCAACCAGAAAUGUGUCUUUUCCUGGAUCACCUCCAACAGGUGGCUUGCAAUUCGUCUGGAACUGGUUGGAAACCUAAUUGUCUUCUUUUCAGCCUUGCUUCUGGUUAUUUAUAAAAAGUCCUUGACUGGAGACACCGUGGGCUUUGUUCUGUCCAAUGCCCUUAAUAUCACACAAACCCUGAAUUGGCUGGUAAGGAUGACAUCAGAAGCAGAGACCAACAUUGUGGCUGUUGAGAGAAUAAAGGAAUACAUGGGUGUGGAAAAUGAGGCACCGUGGGUGACCGAUAAGAGGCCUCCAGCAGAUUGGCCCAGCCGAGGUGAGAUUUGGUUUAACAACUAUGAAGUUCGGUAUCGGCCUGAGCUGGAUCUGGUACUGAAAGGGAUCACUUGCCACAUCAAGAGCACUGAGAAGGUCGGCGUGGUGGGCAGGACGGGGGCUGGGAAGUCAUCCCUCACAAACUGCCUCUUCAGAAUCUUGGAGUCUGCAGGUGGCCAGAUCAUCAUUGAUGGGGUAGACAUUGCUUCCAUUGGACUGCACGACCUUCGAGGGAAACUGACCAUCAUCCCCCAGGACCCCAUCCUGUUCUCUGGGAGCCUGAGGAUGAAUCUAGACCCGUUCAACAAAUACUCAGAUGAGGAGGUUUGGAAGGCCCUGGAGCUGGCCCAUCUCAAAUCCUUUGUGGAAGGCCUGCAGCUUGGGUUGUACCAUGAAGUGGCAGAGGGUGGUGACAACCUGAGCAUAGGGCAGAGGCAGCUUCUGUGUCUGGGCAGGGCUCUGCUGCUGAAAUCCAAAAUCCUCAUCCUGGAUGAGGCUACAGCUGCUGUGGAUCUGGGGACAGACGACCUUAUUCAGACGACCAUCCGAAGCGAGUUCUCCAGCUGCACAGUGAUCACCAUUGCCCACAGGCUGCACACCAUCAUGGACAGUGACAAGAUAAUGGUCCUAGACAGUGGAAAGAUUGUGGAGUACGGCAGUCCUGAAGAACUGCUGUCCAAAACAGGUCCCUUUUAUUGUAUGGCCAAGGAAGCUGGCAUUGAGACGGCAAACAACACAGAGCUCUAGAGGCUGGUUCCACAGCUGGAGAACUGUGAGGGGCAUCCUUACUUGCUUUUGGGUUUUGUGACUGUGUCAUAGGUGCAACAAGACAUAUUUUGUUGCUAUUACUCAGGUUGACCUCAAACUCUUAGGCUCAAGCAAGCUCUGGUCUCAGCCUCCCAUGUAAAAGCAGACAUUUGGAAGAGUAUCAUGAAUGGGUACUUAUGUAAAUAUUACCAAGUACCUUAGCAGAUCUCUCAACGAGCAGGGAGAUAGCUCAGUUGUUAGAGUGCUUGCCUUGCAAGUGUGAGUACCAGGGUUUGGUCCCCGAAUUCAUUUCUUUAAGCGGUCAUGGCUGGACAGGAUUAUAAUGCUGGUGCUGGGCAGAGUCUGGCAGAUACCUGGGCUCGAUGGCCAGCCAGCAUAGCCUGCCUGGAAAAUUCCAGGUCAGGAAGAGAUCCUGGCUCAAAAAAACCAGGUGGACGGCACCAAAGGAACACUUGAGGGUGAACUCUGGCCUCAACACACACAUGACCUACAUGCAUAAGCACGUGUGUACACACCUCAGAAAGAAGGGCCCUCACUGCUCUGCCUUCAUUAUGUUUUCUUACUACCCCCAUACCCAGGGAUAACCGUUAACCUAAAUUCCAUAAUUCUGUUGCCUGCUGUUUUAGUUUUUAUGUUUAAGCAAUGUGCACUGUUUACUCUGAUGUAAAUGGACUCGUAUUGCAUGUGUCCUGUGGCUAUUCCUUUGUUCAACAAUAUAUUUGCAAUCUGUCUACACUGGUGCAUACAGCGAGGUGACUUUACUUUCACUGUUCACUGCUCUCCGGCAGGACAGCACUGUGUGAGCAGAUCACACUUAAUCCAUUUACGUACUGGUGAGCGUUGGGCUCAUUCCCAGGGUCUCUCCUUUUCCAUUACUGACAUUAGUACUGUGAACAUCCUGGGAUACCGUGUUUAUUUCUCUAAAGUCUAAUUUGGAAAUGGGGGUUGUACAAUGUCUACACAUAUAUCCUGAGCAGUUCCAGUUUCAACAAUGACUACAACUAAGACUUCAUUUUGGGUUUGCUGUGUGUGUCCUGACUUCUGUGGAGGGUCGAUACCUUUUUGUGUGUUUUUGGGACAUUUGGAUUCAUUAUAUGAUUUUUAAAAUGCUGUAUCUCAUUGUUUCAAUACCAGCAUUCUUUUUCAUCUAUUAUUUUUAAUGUUUAUUUUUACUUAUUGAUUUAUUUUUAAUUUUAAAAGAUUUAUUUAUUUAUUGCAUUGUAUGAAUGGUUUGCCUGCGUGAUGUGUGUGAACCACGUGUAUCAGAAGUCAGAAGCGGGCUUGAGAGCCCCUGGAACUGCAGUUACAGAUAGUUGUGAGCCACCAUGUGGGUGCUAGAAUUAAGUUGAGUUUUCUGCAACAACAACAAAUGUUCUUAACCAUGGUGCCAUGUCUCCAGUCAUCACCUCAUCAUUGGAAUUUUGAGUAAUAGAACUUUCUUGUUCUGUAAUUUUAAAAUAUCCUUAUUUUCUUCCCAAGCACAUUCUAAAUAAAUACAGUUCUCUGGUUUUCUUCUUGAAACAAGUUUCCAGGCAUACAGCGUUUGGGGACACAAGGGGGCGUUGGAAACCAGAGGAACAGUUUAUACCUGCUGAGAGCUAACUGCCAAAACCAAGACGUGUGCAAGAAUAAAGCAUUUCAGAUGAAAGAGGAGAGCCCUACCAUGGUCCCAUUAUUUCCCCAGCUAGCCGGCCCAGGCUGGUCCUUGUAUUCUUAUCACAGGGAGCUUAAAUUAAUGACCUCUUCUAUUAUUUAGCAUCUAUUAAGUGUCUGACAUUUUAAAGCAAUUUAAUAUAAAUAAAAAUAUUUUAUUUCAAUAA